AUGGACCCAGUUCCCAAAAAUGAGCAAUUUUACGAGUGUAGUAAAAUUGGAACUUUGGACGUUGAGCUAUUUUAUGAAAAUAAAGAAGGAGUUCUAACAAAUGGAAAAAGUUGUGAUGCUUGGCCGUUCAAUCCACUUUGUGACAUUUACUUCGAGAUAUGCGUAACUGAUGAGGACGGUGUGCUGCGGGAUUCGUCCUGUAAUCUUCACUCCGAAAAAACCAGCCCAGUUCGAAACACAGCCGCUAUCAGUUAUAAGUUUAAAGUAUCAUAUUUCGAAAACAAACUGUUAAAAAUUAGAAUUAAGGCACUGGAUCAUGAUCGCUUUACUGAGGCGGAUGAACUGGGAAAAUUCAUAUUUCAGGUGCAUCCAUACGAUGUGUCAAGUGUACUUCCGACACCACUAGCUGCUGACUCAACUUCGAUUGCCCACCGUUCAACAAAAUCUGAAUUCUUCGGUGAUUUGGACGCUUAA